UUGUCCAACAGGCUUUUCAGCCAACAUGGCCUUCAUGACAGCUGUCGGUAACGUUGGUUUGCUCGUGGCUGGCGGCAAACUGUCAAAAGACGAUAGAGUUGCUAUAUUUUCUGAUGCUCUGAACCAUGCAUCAAUAAUUGAUGGCAUUCGCCUUGCUGAGAGACAAGGAAAUGCUGUGGCUUUUGUGUACAGGCAUGCCGAUAUGUGCCAUCUCGAUGCAUUAUUGUCAAGUUGUCCAAUGAAGAAAAGAGUUGUUGUAACUGAUAGCUUGUUUAGCAUGGAUGGGUUUCUGUUUGUAAUUGAUGAUGCUCAUGCAACAUUUGUUUGUGGAAAAAGUGGCGGUGGUGCAGCUGAAAUGUUCAACUGUGAAGCUGAUGUGGACAUUUGCAUAGGGACUCUAGGUAAAGCUGCAGGUUGCCAUGGUGGAUUCAUUGCAUGCAGCAAGAAAUGGAAGCUGCUCAUCCAAUCCAGGGGUCGGUCGUUUAUAUUCUCAACUUCUUUACCGGUGCCUGUUGCUGCUGCAGCCCACGCUGCUGUUAAUGUAGCAAAGAAUGAGGCAUGGCGUAGGAGUGCUAUUUGGACACGCAUGUAAGAAUUCCGUGAGUUGACCGGAUUUCCGGUUGAAAGUCACAUCAUUUCCCUCAUUGUUGGGAGUGAAAACAAGGCCCUACAAGCUAGCCGGCAUCUCUUAAAAUUAGGUUUUCACAUAACUGCAAUUAGACUUCCAACAGUCCCGGCACUCUCAUGCAGGUUAAGGGUAACUCUGAGUGCAGCACACACUAAAGACAAUUCGAGAAAGCUGACAAAUGCACUGUCUCAGUGUGUCGAUUCUCAGAAGAUUCAAGUAUUCAGCAGCAAUUUCUACUCCAAGCUUUUAGCCUUCUCUAUUCCCGUACUUGUUUCGAUUUUAUCCGUUUCAAUUCAUAUAACAGAGCCUAAUGGCCUUAUAUCCUACCAAAACAAUAUAUCAGUUUUCAUAACAUGAAGGGAAAAAAAAACAAAAAAAGUUCAACCA